AUGCUGAAACCACAUAAUUUUAUAUGUCAGGCAAAACAGUCAACUGUUCCAGCACAGACAUUUAAUUUCCCAGGAUUUGCUGAAGGAGUUAACCUACUAUCCCCUGCAAAGCAACAGGAGCUCCAACAUCUCCUAGACAGAGAACCAACAACAUCAUCCAUCAGUACAGCAACUACAGAGACCAGUGAGUCACCUGCAACGCCGACACCAUCCACCAAUGCAACAAUUCCGACACCAUUCACCGACGCAACAACUCCAAUGCCAUCGACCAGCACAACUCUGCCGCCAUCGACCAGCACAACUCUGCCGCCAUCGACCAGCACAACUCCAACGCCAUCGACCAGCACAACUCCAACGCCAUCGACCAGCACAACUCUGCCAAUGUCAUCGACCAGCACAACUCUGCCAAUGCCAUCGACCAGCACAACUCUGCCAAUGCCAUCGACCAGCACAACUCUGCCGCCAUCGACCAGCACAACUCUGCCGCCAUCGACCAGCACAAAUCCGAUGCCAUCGACCAGCACAACUCCAACGCCAUCGACCAGCACAACUCCAAUCUACCAAUCCGCAGCAGCUUGUAUCUCACCACAAUCACCAUCGCCACCUCCAAAAAAAUGUGACUGCAAUUUUGAAUUGAUGUACAAAGAACUGCAAUUGUACAUAACAAAAUUGAUGCGUUAA